UGACGUAACCCCACAUGUGUUGAAACAUCUCAUUGACAGACAGACAGUAAGUGACACUCAGAUCGCGAUAAAAGUCCACAAAAACACUCAACACUUGGAUCUCAACUCAAUUCCUCGACUGUCUGUCUGACAACUAUCACCACAACUAUCACCACAACUAUGGCUACAUUUAAUAGUAUCAAAGGUUUGGUGGCUUUCGUGACCGGCGGCUCAUCAGGUUUAGGCAAAGCGACGGUCGAUAGAUUGAUCCGAUUGGGAGCCAAAGGUGUGGUGGCCUUCGACCGCAACAUUGAGACCAAAUUCGAGGCCAAGAAUGUGGUGUCAGUCGAGGGAAGCGUUACCUCCGAAGACGAUGUGUUGAAGGCGUUGGACGCGUGCGAGAAGGAGUUCGGCCGCUUGGAUGCGGUGGUGAACUGCGCCGGCAUCGGAAUCGCGCGCAAGACAUACGACUUCCGGAAGAAAGUGGCGCAUCCUUUGGACGAGUUUAAGAUGGUGUUAGAAGUGAACACUUUGGGCACUUUCAAUGUGAACCGACUGGCCGUCGCACUCAUCUCCAAGAACCCGAAGGUCAACGACUUGAAGGGAGUCCUCAUAAACACGGCUUCUGUGGCCGCCUUCGAGGGACAGAUAGGACAGGUAGCGUACGCGGCCUCUAAGGGCGGUAUCGUCGGUAUGACUCUUCCGAUCGCUCGCGACUUAGCUGUGGAGGGCAUCCGUUGUGUGACUAUAGCCCCGGGACUCUUC